UUGAUGAAAGGACGACUUAACCUAUAAAUAAAUCUGAGCAUUUAUUUAGGUUAGCUUUACUUCUCUGUGGUUAACAGAACUAUAUAAUUGAUUUGUGUUUAGAAGUUAAUAAUAUCAUGGACAUUGAAAAUAUUAAAAGAAGAACUGACAAAGCUGAAGAUGAAGUAAAAUUGCUUACAGAGCUAUUCAACAAAUUGAAGUCUUCAGUUUCGAACGGCAAUGGAGCAGAAGUGUGUAUGGAAAAUGCAUCUGAUGAAUUUACGGAUCUUAUCACCUUGAAUACAAAGUUGAAACAUCGUCUGGCUAUUCUGAAAAGGGCACUUCUAGAAGAGAAGGAGAAGAGUGCUGGGGAUACGAUGGAGAAUAUCCUGGACUCGCUGUCUCAACUGUUUAUCAGUGCGGUGGCGAGGGCCUACCCCGACAUACCAGACCCUCCCGUGCCUCUCACAACGUCCAGCGCGCCACAGUUCGGGGACUACCAGUGUAACGCGGCAAUGCCGAUAACUCAGCUGCUUAAGGCUCAAGGCAUCAAAGUCUCUCCGAGAGAUGUCGCCACUCGGAUCAAGGAGAAUCUCGACAAUUCAGGACUGAUAGAAAAAAUAGAGAUCGCCGGCCCAGGGUUCCUGAACGUAUGGAUCAGCCGAAAACACUGUCAGAGUUUACUCACGAAAAUACUCACCAAAGGUGUUCUACCUCCCCCUCAACCUCGCAAACUCAAAAUCGUCAUUGAUUUCUCGUCACCCAACAUCGCCAAGGAAAUGCACGUAGGCCAUUUAAGGUCAACGAUCAUUGGGGAGAGCAUAGCCAGGCUACUGGAAUAUCUAGGACAUGAUGUAGAAAGAGUAAACCAUAUUGGUGAUUGGGGAACUCAAUUUGGAAUGCUAAUAGCUCAUCUUCAGGAUAAGUACCCCAACUAUAAGACAGAAUCUCCCCCGCUCUCUACGUUGAUGCACUUCUACAAAGAGGCGAAAGUUAGGUUUGACACUGACGAGGUUUUCAAAAAGCGAGCUUACGAAAGCGUCGUCAAACUGCAAGCCGGGGACCCUGAGUAUACACAAGCGUGGCAACUUAUUUGCGACGUUUCUCGUAAAGAAAAUCAGAUGGUCUAUGACAGGCUGGGUGUCAGGUUAACAGAGAGAGGCGAAUCCUUCUACCAAUCCAGGAUGGAGGUUCUUGUGAAGGAACUGAAGGAAAGAGGAUUGUUAGAAGAGGAUGACAAAAGGUUCAUAAUGUGGGGCAAGAACAAGGACUUGAUCCCUUUCACCAUCGUAAAGUCUGACGGAGGCUUCACUUACGACACUUCUGACAUGGCCACCAUCAGAUACAGGAUAGAGGAGAGUAAGGCCGACUGGAUUAUCUACGUUGUGGACAUGGGACAGGCUACCCAUUUUGUUGUCCUCAACAGUUGUGCUGAGAAGGCUGGCUGGCUCAACCCGUCCAAGGUCCGAGUGGACUUUGUAGGCUUUGGAGUUGUGUUGGGAGAAGACAAGAAGAAGUUUAAGACACGUUCUGGCGAAUCUGUGAGACUGGUCGAACUGUUGGAUGAAGGUCUGAAGAAGGCCCUGGAUACACUGAAGGCCAAGGGAAGGGACCAGGUGUUGUCAGCCACUGAGCUACAAGAGGCGCAGGAGGCUGUGGCUUACGGCUGCAUCAAGUAUGCGGACCUAAGUCACAAUAGAGUUAACGACUAUGUCUUCUCUUUUGAUAAGAUGUUGGAAGACAAGGGCAAUACAGCUGUUUAUCUGUUGUAUGCUUACACCAGGAUAUGUUCUAUAGCCAGGAAUGCCAACAUAACAGUGAGUGAGCUGGAGCAGGCUGCCAACACGAUCCCCGUAGCCAUCACUCACGAGAAAGAGUGGAAAUUGGCAAAGGUUUUACUCAGGUUCCCAGAGGUACUUACCAAGAUCACGAGGGAAUUGUAUGUACACACACUGUGCGAGUAUCUUUACGAGAUCGCCUGCACGUUUACGGAAUUCUACGACUGCUGUUACUGCAUAGAGAAGGAUACUAAUACUGGUGAAGUCAAGAAAGUACACAUGGACAGGCUGCUGCUAACGGAAGCCACUGCUCGAGUUAUGAAGCAAUGUUUCAAUAUCCUCGGCCUGAACACUGUGUCUCGCAUGUAACUCUAAGUAAUAUAUUUUUUGAAAAAAAUAAAAA